GUGCCGGCCGCCACCCUCGCCGUCCGGUCGCUCUUACUUGCUGCUCUGUUGCGCCCCCGCCCCACCGGUUGAGCUCGUAACCCCCACCACCUCUCUCUCUCUCUCUCUCUCUCUCACUCACGCCGCGCACGCCUCACCGCGGAUCAACAGGGCUCCCCUCCGACUCCCAAAUGGUGAGCGCGUCGAGCCUUCUCCUCCCCUCCUCCGUGCGGAGCCUCGCCUCCUGCGUCUCCGACGGCGCCGUCCGCGUCGCGUGCACCACCCCUUCCGCCACCCUCACCUCCGCUUCCUCCUCCCCCUCAACGCUCUCCGUCACCACCUCUUACCACGCCCAUUCCUCGCCGCCCCUCCUCCUUCGCCUCACCUGGUCGCAUUCCCCCAUCGGGCUCCCCACCCUCUCCUUCGUCCCCUCCGCCUCCUCCCCCGCCGUGCUCCUCCGCCGCCGCAAAGGCACCCGCUCCCUCCCUUCCUCCUCGGACUCCUCACACCCGCCGCUCGCACUCUUCUGGGACCUCACCGCCUCACGCUACGGCUCCGGCCCCGCGGCCUCGCCGGAGCCGAUCUCCGGGUUCUACUUCGUCGCCGUCGCCACCGAGGUCGUGCUGGCCGUUGGCGACCUCGCCGCGGAGUUCGUCAAGGCCAAGUUCGAGGGCCAGAUCCCCAAGGCCCGCUUCCUCCCCGUCGCUCGCAGUGACCGCGUCGUGGCGCCCGCCGGCCACCACAAGCCGGCGGCGAACGCGAUGCACACAGCGCGGGUUCGGUUCGCGGAGGACGCGCCGGAGCACGAGGUUAGCGUCGGCUGCGCGACCACCUCUGGAGGAGGCGAGGAGCUCUGGGUCAGCGUCGACGGGAAGCGAGCCGUGCAGGCGCGCCGGCUGCGCUGGAACUUCAGGGGGAACCAGACCGUCUUCGUCGACGGCGCGCCCGUCGACGUCAUGUGGGACCUCCACGGCUGGUGGUUCCGGGACCCGCCGGGGUGCGCGGUCGUCAUGCUCCGGGCGAGGAGCGCGCUCGAGAGCCGGCUCUGGCUGGAGGAGGCGGCAGCCGCGCCGGGGUUCUCGCUCGUCGUGCAGGCAUUCAAGACGCCGCCUUGAUCUCGAAUUCUCGAUGAGGUCAAUGCUCACUGCUUCCCCUGUUACUUGUCCAUUGACUUGAAAAUCUGAUUGAAUUUAGCAAACCAAACCAGGAAGGAAAUCUGGUUGGUGUUUGCAGUUUAGGAAGAGAAUGAUGUCAAGUGAGUUUGGGAGUACACCAUGAAAAUGUGGUAUAGAAAGAGGAGAGGAGAGAUAAGAGAUUGCUGUGUGUGGCAGUGUGGGAUCAUCUUCUUCUUUCUCUUUCUUUCCCCCUCUUUUGGAUAAUUUUAGUGGCGUGCGCGCGCUGGUACAGUUAACAAAGGAUUAUACAACAUCAUAGUGUGUUUUAAUUUAGCAUUGCUUUGUGAGGUGGUGUAGAUUACAUAUGAGAUUAUGGGGUGCUAGUCUCUGCUUGUUGUACACUAGAAAUCAGUGUUUACCUCCAUUGCUUCUGCUCUUUGCUGUUCUUAUGCAAUGCAGCCGGAACGGUGGCAGGACAGAUGUGAUUCUUGCACCAUUUCAUACAGGUACAGUGGCACCGUGUCUAUAAUAUGCAGUGCAAUCGAUAUCUGCAUAGAUUCGAGCAUCCAUCAAAUAUGUGCAUGACUAUUCUUUAUGACACCUGUGCUUCAGUUUAGUUCUCAAGUACUGAUCCCUGAGAGCCACCACAUGUUUACAGAUAGUUUCAGCCUAUCAUAUCAUUGCCAUGUCUUUCACCCUGCACAUGUCGAUCUGCCAGCAAACACCAUCUGUUGCCCAGCAUGCUGCUCUUUCAUCAUGUAAUUUCAACAGCUAAAUAGUGUUGUCCCUGUAGUAAUUUAUCUCUGCGUUACA